AGUCGUAGAGAGGUGUAGUAGAACAUCCUGGUGACUGAGGAAGCGAAAAGAGAGAACUGCAAAACGAUUCCACGCUCCGGUCGAAGCGCAGAGCGCACAAGAGGACGCGAGAAGGCUCGGGUGUCGGCGGGUUCUUGAUCUUCUCUCCUCCGCAGCUGAGCCUGCUGAUCAGCCCGGUGAGUUGCGAUGAUGCUUUGUUAUCGGCAUGGAUGGAAAGAACCUCGGCAAUGAACAACAAGCUCAAAAGAAGCCUGAUGCAGUGACAGACAAUGUUCCAAGCCUUGAUCAAGAGGCCUUGAAACAGUUCUCAGAUUCAGAUGCUGGAAACAUCAGUCCGGCAAAUGGCCAUGAAGCUGAUGUGAACAUGGAAGCUGCCAUCUCCACGGAGGAUGUCAUGCGAGCCGGCGGGUUUGGAGCAAAAGACGACAUUGGCAGCCUCCUCCCAACAGCUAUUGAUUCCACUGAUUUUGAGGCCUCGCUGCGGGAUGCCCGCGACUUUGAAGGCGAGAAAGAGGCACCAUCACAUCCUGGACUGGGCUGGAAGGCGGAGAGAGAUGAUGUUGGGAGCAAACCAUCCGAUGUCCCGCAGCAGUUACCGUGAUAUCUAACUUUGUAGGCUAGCCCAGCUUCAGAAAACACUUGCUGUGUUCCCAAGAGCUGCAGUACGUUUGAACUUUUUGCCACAAUGGUUUGUGUGUUCAAAUUUCUGUUGUUUCAGACUUUCAGUGCUGUAUGAACACUCAGGUCACGGCUCUCGUCUAUUGUCCACUCUGUUGGAUGCCUGCUAAUGUAUAGUUCAGCCUAGUUUUUUAUCCA